AGCUGCCGGAGUUCGUCACGCCCAUAAACGCCACCAUGCCCGCCGAAAAAGUUCCUGACACCCCAGUGGAGGUCCUUGUGGAUCUCCUGACAAAAGCCAGAGAGAUAGCUGCAUCAAGUGGUAAUGUCCCAGAAGAGUUGACCAGUCACCUGCAGAAGGCAGUGGACAUCGCCAGCGGCCUGGAUGACUACCUGGAGAAAAUGACCACACAGGAAAGUGAACCUCUGGCAGAGCUAUAUGAAAAAACAGUUUCUCAUGACUGGGAUCAAGUGCACAAGGACGGCAAAACUAUGUUCCGGCUUCCCAAGGAGUGUAUCACUGGACAUGUUGAAGGCCAGACCCUGAAGAUGCUGGUUCGCAUGAGUCAAGCCAAGAAGAUCCUAGAGAUUGGGAUGUUCACUGGCUACGGAGCUCUGUCCAUGGCCGAGGGGCUUCCUGAGGACGGUUGCUUAGUUGCUUGCGAGUUAGAGCCAUACCUCAAAGAGUUUGCUCAGCCCAUUUUUGACAAGUCUCCGCAUGGAAAGAAGAUUACUGUCAAAACGGGAUCUGCUAUGGACACCUUGAAAGAACUGGCUGCUGCAGGUGAGCAGUUUGACAUGGUCUUCAUCGAUGCUGACAAGAAUAAUUACAUCAACUACUACAACUUCAUCCUGGACAACAAUCUGCUGAAACUACGAGGGGUCAUAUGUGUAGAUAACUCACUAUUCAAGGCCAAGGUUUAUCUGAAAGACACCACAGAUAGCAACGGACUGGCGCUUCGUGAAUUCAACCAGUUUGUCUCCAGUGACCCUCGUGUGGAGCAGGUCAUCAUCCCCCUCAGAGAUGGCAUCAGUGUUAUCUGCCAGGUCUCUGUGGCCUCUGAGUGCACAAGGACACAGAGUGAAGUAACAGAUGAUGAGGUUUUCCGUGGAGUCCAGGGGCGCCCCAUCCUCGAUCGGAUGCGUCUUGAUGGAAAGGUGGCUUACGUGACGGGUGCCGGUCAGGGUAUAGGCCGAGCAUUCGCUCAUGCCCUGGGGGAGGCUGGUGCAAAGGUGGCUGUGGUGGACUUGGACAAAGUUAAAGCUGAGGCAGUGGCUAAAGAGCUCUCACUCAAAGGCAUCAAAGCUGUUUCAGUCACAGCUGAUAUUAGCAAGUCAGAUGAUGUCCAGAAGAUGAUUGACAGCAUUGUCUCCAAAUGGGGAGCGAUCCACAUCGGCUGUAACAACGCCGGCAUCAACAUGAACUCAGCCAGUGAAGACACCAGUCUAGAGGAGUGGGACCAAACCUUUAACGUCAACCUGAGGGGGACUUUCAUGUGCUGCCAGGCAGCAGGUCGAGUGAUGUUGAAGCAAGGAUACGGCAAGAUUAUCAACACAGCCUCCAUGGCCAGUCUAAUAGUCCCACAUCCCCAGAAGCAGCUUUCCUACAACACAUCCAAGGCUGGAGUGGUCAAACUGACUCAGACCCUGGGCACCGAAUGGAUUGACAGAGGAGUGCGUGUCAACUGCAUCUCACCGGGGAUUGUUGACACCCCUCUCAUCCACUCGGAGAGUCUGAGGCCUCUGGUGCAGCGCUGGCUGUCAGAUAUCCCUGCUGGUAGACUGGCUCAAGUGACAGACCUGCAAGCUGCAGUGGUCUACUUGGCAUCUGACGCCUCCGACUACAUGACAGGGCAUAACUUAGUCAUAGAGGGUGGGCAAAGUCUGUGGUAG